AUGCCUGUUUCUCUGCUCGGAGAGGUCUUCAACCGAGGUCUUUUCAGUUUUUCCAAUGUCUGGGCAUUGGCGAAGUCCGUGGCGGUGGUCGGCGUCGUCGUCUUGCUGAAACUUUACUUUGAGGGAGCCAAAUGUCGUUCCGAACGGGUGAUGCAUGGAAAGGUGGUGAUGGUGACAGGAGGCACAUCAGGCAUUGGCGCUGCAGUCGUGCAGGAACUGGCCUCGAGAGGAGCCCAGAUAAUUCUCUUGACCCAUCAUGCACCGACGGACCCCUUCCUGGUCGACUAUAUCGAGGAUCUCCGGACGCUGACGAAUAACGAACUGAUAUACGCCGAGAAAGUCGACCUUUCCUCCCUGCAUUCAAUACGAGUCUUCGCGACCAAGUGGGUAGACAAUGCACCCCCAAGAAGACUGGACAUGAUAAUUCUGUGUGCGAAUGUGAUGACGCCUCGUUUUGGGACGAGUCAGAAAACGGUGGACGGCUUGGAAGCCGAAUGGGCCAUCAACUAUCUCAGCAAUUUCCACCUCUUGAGCAUUCUAUCCCCGGCCAUCCGAGCACAACCCCCGGACCGAGACGUCAGAAUCCUGUUCAGUACAUGUAGUAGUUACAUUGGGGGCACGCUUGCACUGAAGGACACCGAGACUGCUACAAAAUCUGGCAGUGCUUCGUUUGCCAGAAGCAAGCUGGCGGUCAUGACCUUCGCCUAUGCUUUCCAGAAACACCUUGACGCAUACAAACGUCCAGACAACCAACCCACCAACGCCCGAGCAUACAUCAUUGACCCCGGCUUCUGUCGAACUCCCGGUACACGACGCUGGCUCUCUGGGGGCCUAAUAUGGGGACUAUUCCUCUACCUGGUCACGUGGCCUGUUUGGUGGCUGAUUCUCAAAUCUCCCAUUCAAGGAGCCCAGAGCUAUCUUUUCGCAGCAAUGGAUGUCGAGUACGGGCGAGGAGCUGGUGGGAGAAUGAUCAAAGAGUGCAGAGAAUACCAGCUUCUACGACCCGAAGCGCAGCAUGAAGAAGUGGCAAAGAAGCUGUGGGAAUAUAGUGAGAAGCAGAUCGAGCAGCUGGAGAAGGAAGGCGCUGUCAAAAGGGCUCUAGAGAAGAAGGCAGCGCAACAGGAAAAAGAGAAGAACCAGGGAGGCUCGACGGCAGAUGCUAUUGGUCGUGCAUCCGGAGGAGAGAAGAAGCCUACUCCAGGAUCCAGAAAAAGUCGAAAAGCAAAAUGA